GAGAAAAACGCAGGGAUUAGUGUGUUUACAACUCAUAGCAUCCUGGGUGCACUCGGCAUCAACCUGCCAUCAGACACAUGCAAUUUGCAUUUGCAAGCUGGUGUGCUUAGCCUAUCGUAUAACAGCUUCUCUUUUUGAUUUCUUUCCUGGGUUGUUGUUUAGGUGGUGGUGGAGGACUCUUGUUGUUCUGGAACCGUUGCAGCGUCGGGCCACCCACCAUCUGUAGAAGUGGGACAAGGGAACAGAUGGCGUAUCCAAGCCGGGCUGCAGGGUUGCUGACGCUGAGCGUUCGUGCAGAACUGGAGAUCAGUAUCAAUCAUUAAAAUAAAGCACUGCCGUACCGUAUACAGCACAGUGCGUUUUUCAGGGUUACCAAUGCCAAUGUGGUUGCGAUAGAAGCGAGGGUGGGGGGACUGGAAGCAUCGUAUGUCGACCAAAUUGAGGCGCAACGAUCGGGCGACGAUUUGACCGCUGGCAUCAACUUAAUCCCUUCUGACGUGUCUCUGUCUCGGUGAACAAUGGUUGACAAUCGCUACGCCACAGCUCUGGUCAUCGCCUGCGUGUUGAGCAUCAUAGCGACUGUGUAUCUGUCGGUGGCAAUCGGAACGCAGCACUGGUACCAGUACAGCAGCCCCACGGUGCGCGGAGAGGCCAACAUUUCCGAGUUGCGCUCGCUGUACGAGGAGUUCAUAGACGGAGAAUUCGAUGAGAAAACCUACAGCGACACGCUGUUCCGUCUUAACGGGACUGUGGGCCUCUGGUGGCGGUGUGUGCUUGUUCCUGCCAACGCUCACUGGUACAAAGAGCCAGGUACCAAGAUGGUGCUGGAGUGUCGAAGCUUCACUCUACCUCAACAGUUUACUCCAAAGUACAAAGAACCAGGGAACCACAACAGUGGGGAGGACAUGGUGCGCACAUAUCUGUGGAGGUGCCAGUUUCUGCUGCCGUUGGUGUCUCUGGGUCUAGUGGUGUUGGCAGGUCUGACUGGAUUCUGUGCCUGUCUGUGCCGAAGCCUCACACCAACUCUUGGAAUAGGAGUGCUUCACAUGCUGGCUGGUCUCUGCACCUUAGCCACAGUGUGCUGCUACCUGGCGGGGAUGGACCUGCUCCACAGGGUGUCGAUGCUACCCGACAAGGUGGACGGCUCUCUCGGCUGGUCGCUGUACCUGGUCCUCAUUUCUUCACCUCUCCACAUGAUGGCUGCCGCCCUGCUAGUGUGGGCGGCGCGCAGCCAUAGUCAGAACUACUACCGCAUGACUGCCUACCGGGUGGCAUAAACUGAUAUUUAGCUCUGGAUCUUAAGCCCUGUUUAGAGUCUGACACCAAGAUUCAUUUUCUUAAUGCGUUGUGGGGUUUUUUUCCUCUACGUGUUUUUGUCUCUCAAGGAUUAAGAAUUUUUGCAUGUACUGUACACUAAUGACCCUUCUUGCUGCGUUAACAGAUUUGAUUUUUAUCUCCUGGGGGAUGGAAAUUGUUUGCAAAUCAGAUUUACCAGAACAAUAUGUAGUAUACGUGUGCUUCAGACUAACUUAAAACGAAGUAGAGAAGCAUUAGCAGUGCCCUACUUUCAUACAACAUAAAUUUAAUCAAAAUCUCCAAAGUGCAGGUCAGUCACAUCGGAAAAGUAGAUACAUUGCGAUUUAAGUUCAAGUUCUUAAAUGACAGUUUACACAGGUUUCAUGUGUACUGACUCCAGUUUUCCUUCCUUCUCAUCCCAUCUUAUCAGAUUACGGAGAUUUUGUGAUAUUGCUGCUCUUCCUGUUCGUCAUAAGGGCACAUGCGUACAGCACAUUUUUAAACAUCUUUGAUCUGUUGAAAAUUGAACAGGAUUUAAUUUUAUCUUUUAAAAACAUCCCAGUUGUUGUCAUAGUUUUCUUCAGUCCAAAAUAAAGCUUCCAUUGUAAAAAAUAUAAUCAAGUCAUCUGACGUAUAAUGGAAAAUAUUUUAAGUUGCGCAAUUUUUGUUGAUUUUGUUGAUGACGUAUUUCGCAAAGGAAGUCCAAUUUGUAGGUUUUUUUUAAUUUAACAAAAAAAGCUGCACACUGACUACUGUUCCUUGAUAUGUGUGAUUUUUAUCAUUUAAAUGGCGCUGACAGAAGGCACUUUAGUGAUAAGUAAGCACACUUAGUAGUAAAAGAAGUACUAGAGUCUGGGGAAAGUGUAUUUACUGACCUCUGCUGGUGAAAUUUUCUAGUCUGCCACACACGUGAUUGCAGCUGAAUGUGAUGACGUUCCUGUUCGUUGCACUUGAAGAAUGUGGCCACAGGUUUGUUGUAUUUACAAUGUUCCCAUGACUAGAAUUUAAUUUAAAAUUCUGUUUCAAAUCCUCUGUUGUUGUUGUUUUUUUUACUUAAGUUUAUUUAUUUAUUUAUUGUUUAUGGUAGUUAUUAUGUUCAGACUGUGUGUAUAAUUUGUUUACUACACGAUGUAUGUAUUGCAUUGCUUUGUUUGCUUUUUGAUCACAUUUAUCAUGUUGUGACUGAUUUUUGUAGAAAAAAGUGAAAACCACAGUAGUGCUCAUUUACUAAUUUUUUUUUAGUUGAGCACAUACAUUCACAAAAGUAAUUUUCUUAGUUCAUAUUUGGGUGUUUUUUGUUGUUUAUUUGAUCGAUGUAUGUCCCUCAGCUGACGGAUUAAUGUGCUGAAAAACAAACAAACUGUUUUAGUCUCAUUUCCCUGGUUGGCACUAUGAAUGUACUUUAAAGGCCAUAUUAUGAUAAGCUACAGCAUUUCUUUGCACCUAAAUUAAUUUCAAACAUAUUCUGACCAUUGCUGUAGUAAUCAGUAGUGAAUUUCUAUAUUUUUAAAAUGUAAAUAUUAAAAUAAUCACAUACAUUUGGAGAGAAAAAAUACCACUAUUACCCACAAAUUCAUGAUAUCUGUUUGUGAAAUAUCACUGCUGAUAGAGAUUUAUGAGCUUCAUGAAUAUCUGUGAAAUGAUGCACUGUUCGUCUCAUUAUGAAACACAUUGUAUUUUACACAUUCACCCUUUAAAUACUAGAAACUCAAUCCCUGAAUGCACACUACCAUGUGUUGUUUGUGAAAGAGUGCUUAAUCCCCCUGUUGUGAGCUGCAGCAGUUAAUAACUGUGUAUUUAGAUAUCGUGUGAGUGUGAACAAGCAUAACACAUGUCACCAUUUCAAUAAAAAGUUUUGUAAAAACUGAA